UUAAAGAGAAAUAGAAUGGGAGGUGUCAAAGGUUUUGUUGAAGGAGGCAUUGCAUCAAUCGUGGCUGGAUGUUCAACCCACCCUCUUGAUUUAAUCAAAGUUCGUAUGCAACUCCAGGGUGAAACCCAGGUUCCUAACGCCUCCGUUCAAACCCUCCGCCCUUCUUUAGCCUUUCACUCCACCUCCACUGAUGUCCACAUUCCACCAUCCGCGGCGGCGCGUGUUGGACCAAUAGCCACCGGCAUCCGGAUCUUUAAAACUGAAGGCGUCGCAGCUCUUUUCUCUGGGGUCUCUGCCACCAUGCUCCGCCAGACACUCUAUUCCACCACCCGGAUGGGGAUCUACGACAUCCUGAAAGAUAAAUGGUCCGAUAAGGAGACCAAAACCAUGCCUCUCGCCAGCAAGAUCGCGGCUGGGUUAAUCGCCGGAGGGAUCGGCGCUGCCAUCGGGAACCCAGCCGACGUCGCGAUGGUUCGCAUGCAAGCCGACGGUCGCUUACCUCCAUCUCAACGCCGUAACUACACUAGCGUUAUCGACGCUGUCACUCGCAUGAGCAAACAAGAAGGCAUUGUUUCCCUGUGGCGAGGUUCAUCGCUGACGGUGAACCGUGCGAUGUUGGUGACGGCUUCGCAGUUGGCUUCCUACGAUCAAAUCAAAGAAAUAAUUUUGGCAAACGGGUGGAUGAAAGAUGGGCUGGGGACACACGUGGCGGCGAGUUUUUCAGCUGGAUUUGUGGCGGCAGUGAUGACGAAUCCCGUGGAUGUGAUCAAGACAAGGGUAAUGAACAUGAAGGUGGAGCCUGGGAAAAAGCCGCCGUACGCCGGUGCUUUGGAUUGUGCUGUGAAGACGGUGAAAGGGGAAGGGCCCAUGGCUUUAUAUAAAGGGUUUAUACCUACGAUCUCCAGACAGGGACCGUUCACGGUGGUGCUUUUUGUCACGUUGGAACAGGUCCGGAAGUUGCUUAAGAAUUUUUGAGGUAUUUUCGACAAUAAAGACGACGACGAAUCUUAGGAAUAAUAUGUUGUAAGUUACGUAA